UGUGCGCCUAUAGAAUAUUGUUCUCACAUCCAUCAAUUCAGUAGAGCGUUGUUCGUCAAAUACAUUGGAUCUCGCAAGAAACUCGCAAACGAUUUAAUCGAAUUCUCUUCAUUUAUUAUUCUGUGAAAGAAGCUGUUGAAAAUUACCAAGAUGCCAGACAUUAUGAAACCAGCCCCACAUUUCAAAGGCACCGCUGUGGUGAAGGGAAAAUUCCAGGAAAUCAGUCUUGACCAAUACAAAGGCAAAUACGUUGUUCUCUUCUUCUACCCAUUGGAUUUCACUUUCGUGUGCCCAACUGAAAUUAUUGCCUUUUCGGACCGUGCCGAUGAAUUCCGUCGCAUCAAUUGCGAAGUGAUUGCUUGCUCAACUGACAGCCAUUUCACUCAUUUGGCAUGGGUGAACCAAAGCCGCAAAGAAGGUGGUUUGGGCGAAAUGAACAUCCCACUUCUUGCCGAUAAAUCCAUGAAAAUUUCACGUGAUUACGGUGUAUUGGAUGAAGAGAGUGGCAUCCCAUUCCGUGGUUUGUACAUCAUCGACUCCAAGGGAAAUUUGCGUCAGAUUACGGUCAACGACCUUCCGGUCGGUCGUAGCGUUGAUGAAACAUUGCGUUUAGUUCAAGCAUUCCAAUUCACUGACGAACAUGGUGAGGUCUGCCCUGCAGGCUGGAAACCAGGAAGCAAAACCAUCAAACCAAGCGUUCAAGCAUCAAAAGAAUACUUCAACACAGCUAACUAAAAUGAGUUUUGUAUCUGAAAAAUAAUCAAUGUUUUCGUAUGAAAUACACACAAUGAGGCUAUUUUAAUGCCAAUGCAAAACACCUUUCAGUAUACCAUUGUUAUUAUUAAAUACUAAACAAAAUGAAUUUAAUAAACAAAAAAAAAGAAUCUAAAA